AGGAUUUUUUGGGAGACGAGGCGAUUGACGGCUCUCUUUCCCGUUUUAACUUUUCCAGCUCACGACCAAAAAAAAAAAAAAAAAAAACUUUUCCAGCUCCCAAACUUCCUCCGUCGCCGCUAAUCUUCUCCAGGCGUGAGUUCUCUCUCCCUAUCAGACCCUAAAGAACCAAAAAUUUAGAAAUCACAGAGAAUCGCGAGGGAUUAAAGAAAUGGCGCCUAGAGGAAGAAAAAGGAAGGCUGGACUGAUGCGAGAGGACGCAGCAAGAGAUGCCAUGAGAGCUCUUGGAUUCGAGGAGCGUAUCAUCACUGUGUCUAUCAAGGGAUUGCUAGAGGUGUAUGGUGAGGAAGGAUGGUUCCUGAUCGAAGGGGAUUGUUACCAAGUGCUUCUAGAUACAUGCCUUGAACAAGCAACAAAAUUGGAUGAAGAACAGAAAGAAGAAAUGGCUAAGGAACAAAACGAAGAGAUAGCGGAAGAAGAACAUGAACAAACGGCUCAGGAAGAAGAAAAGGAGCAGGAGCAGCAGAUUGAGGAUGGAAGAGACCAUGUUGGUAGCAACUCAACAUCUUUGGUCGGGUGUGGUGCGGAGACAGGAACACAGACUUGCCAGACUGAUUGUUUGUCGAUCACUAGCGAGACGGUCAUCUUGGACUCAUCACCUGCAACUUUUCAAUUAGGAGAUGCAUCAGCAGGUUAUGCACACCAUUCUGUUCGAGGUUCCAGGAAUUCUCAGUGUGGAUGGCUAAGUGAGGAGGAGGAGGAGACAGAUCCAAAGGCGGCUAGUGCUGGUGAUGAUGAUGAGAUAAUUCAGCUAACUCCAGAACCUCUAUGUGAAGAACUAGAAGAGCUGCUCAGGGAAGUUCGUGGAGAGAAGAAGAGGAAGAAACUUACGAGGUGGGACAACUAAGGAGUCAUGAGCUCCUGUUAGUAAAAACCGUAGUUAAAGUUAAGAAAGUAAGAAGUAGAGUGAAAGAGUUAAGUAGUAUUAGCAGUAAAAAGGGUUAAAGGACCCAUCUUCACAUCUCUGUGUGGGCUAAAACUUUAAAUUAGUUUUUGAUGUAGUUUGUGCUGAAGUAUAUUUUGUAUAUCAGACAGGUGCAUCAUCAUUACUAUAUGUCUAUAUAAUAAUUGAUACCUACAAAA